CCGUGAUCCGGCGACAUGGAGGAUGUCUCCUCACAAAUGUCCUCGGAAGACAAUUCCUUGGCAAGUAGUGAUAUUGAAAAGUCAGGAGAUGUGGAAAAGGUUGUCAGUUAUGUAAACCCAGACACCAACAGUAUUGACGGAGAGGAAAGACAAAAUGGUGUCGGGGAUGUAAACCCAGACACCAACAGUAUUAACCGAGAGGAGGAGCCGGAGCGCGGGAAUUGGUCAGGAAAGCUUGACUUCCUACUGUCCUGUAUCGGAUACGCUGUAGGAUUGGGAAAUGUGUGGCGAUUCCCCUACCUCUGCUACAGGAAUGGCGGGGGUGCUUUCCUCGUUCCCUACGUCAUCAUGUUGUUGAUCGCCGGACUACCCCUAUUUUUCCUGGAGCUAUGUGUUGGUCAGUUCUCCUCCCAGGGACCAGUCACGGCCUGGGCCCUCAGUCCACUCUUCAUGGGUAUUGGUUGGGCCAUGAUCCUGAUCAGUGCCAUGGUGUGUACGUAUUACAACGUCAUCAUCAUGUAUGCCGUGUACUACAUGUUUGUGUCCUUCGUCAACCUUGACGACGAGUUACCAUGGCAGCGGUGUGGAAAAGCCUGGAACACAGAAAAGUGUAGGACUGAACCAUACCCCGAUCUCACGACAAUGAACGAGACUAUGAAGGUGAACGCAACUCUGGAACUUAAAGAGCAAACCUGUCUGACUGGUUUACUAGGAAACCUGAGCACCUUAUUCAACGAAACGUUUACGUCUAUAUCACAGCUCAACUCCACAAUCCUAGUGGAUCAUACUGAUUCUUGUGAUAUCAAAUUCGAGACAGCCAGCAGUGAAUAUUGGAAUCGGUAUGUACUCAGGGUACAUGAAUCUGACGGUCUGGAAGAUAUCGGCGGUGUAAGUCUGAAAAACGUCCUCUGUCUUCUCAUCUGUUGGCUGUUCAUCUUCUUUUGUCUCAUGAAGGGUGUCAAGUCUUCAGGAAAGGUCGUGUAUUUCACCGCUACCUUCCCUUACGUCGUCCUCCUUAUCCUGUUGAUCCGUGGUGUCACCCUCCCAGGCUAUUACAAAGGAAUCGAGUUCUACAUCUUCCCAAAAUGGGAGCUGUUGAAAAAUCCAAAGGUGUGGGGAGAUGCUGCCACCCAGAUAUUUUACUCCCUCGGACCAGCCUUCGGAGGUCUUCUAACAAUGGCUAGCUACAACAAAUUCCACAAUAACUGUCUUCGUGAUGCUGUGAUCGUAGCGUUUAUCAACUGUGGUACCAGUGUAUUCGCCGGCUUCGCCAUUUUCUCCCUACUUGGUUAUAUAUCCUAUACCACAAACGUUCCUAUAGAUCAGGUGGCAGAUGACGGUCCAGGUCUGGCCUUCAUUGCCUAUCCAGAAGGUAUAGCCAAACUGCCCAGUCCUCCAAUCUUCGCCUUCCUCUUCUUCUUUAUGUUGUUUACUCUCGGACUUGACAGCCAGUUUGCCAUGAUGGAGACUGUUAUCAGUGGUAUCACAGACGUGUUUCCUAGACAGCUAAGGUCCAAAAAGGCAUUGUUUACAUUCUUCUGUUGUAUGGUAGGAUUCGUCCUGGGUAUCCCCCAGACAUGCAAGGGUGGUAUUUACCUCCUCACACUGGUUGAUUGGUACUCCGGUAGUUAUAAUCUCAUGAUAGUCAGUUUCGUCGAGCUCGUGGGAAUUAAUUAUGUAUACGGAGUCAACAACUUCCGUCGGGACAUUGAGCUGAUGUUGGGAAAAAAGAGUCCCGUCGUUUGGGCUUAUUUCUAUUCUAUGUGGUGUGUUGUUACUCCACUUGCUAUAGGGUUCAUCGUGAUCAUGAUGGCCAUCAACUACUCACCUGCCGUGCUGGGCGAUUACACGUAUCCGCCGUUCGCUGAGGCCAUCGGUUGGAUGAUGGUGUUGGCACCUCUUGUCCUCAUUCUCAUUGGCGCCAUUGUGCAGAUUGUGCGGAAGGGAGGGAUUGGCGCCGCCAUCAAAUCGGAACCCCAUUGGGGCCCUGCCGAUGACGAAGACCGUAAAGGCCCUAGGUACGCCCCAUUGAACACACUGCAGGCCUCAGUCCCUGGAGGAAAUGGACACUAUCCCUCCAAUGUAGGCUACAACAGUGAGAAGGGUAACCUCUACAUGGUGGGGCAAGACAAUAAGGCCAUGACACCGGAACCGGAACGACUUUAAUUAUAGACGUCACCGGUCGUGCAACUUUAUUUUUGAGACAAUUUUCUGCAAAAAAAAGAGAGGAAGUUUUAGUCGCCAUCUGCACUGAGCUAUCAUGAGGAAUAUAUGACACUGCCCAAUGCACCUUGCUUACAAUCUUCAAGAAAUUUGUGUUUAAUGCAAAUGUUUUCAAGUUCAUCCCCAGACCUCUCUUUAUGCAAUGUCUUAUCAACUUCACACAGUUUUAUGUGUGUCCCGUGACAAUGAGUAAAGCCUAAAGGGACUUAAGAAGUCGUAGUCCGACAAGGAGGUGUUGAACUGUUUAUCUUAGUUUAUUUCUAUAUAGUUAUCUCUAGAAAGUAUUCUUUUAAAGCUCUAGGUGUAGAAAUGACAAGUGUUAACAUUCUAUGUGUUAUAGAACGGAACUCCUCUACAAGUAUACAAAAUUACUAAAUUAAAGCAUGUGUCCCCAAGAAUAGCAUGAAAUCCUGGGAAAUGGCGUGAUACGCAUAUUGGUACAGUGUUAAUGAUGUUACGCUUCCGCGGUCUGUGAAAUAUUAAAUGUUUUCGUGAUUCAUCUAGAUAAACCAUCAACUUGUGAAAUCCAGUCACAGUAAUACUGUCUUCAAGUAUACCUGGAUUUUAUAAUCCAGUCACAGUAAUACUGUUUUCACGUAUACCUGGAUUUUAUAUCGGUAAGCUCAGUUUGUGUUCAGUUCGACAUCUUGUCAAUGUAUUAAAUGUUUAUAAUUCAUUGUUAUUAAUACAGUGCUCUGUUGACAGUUAAAACAUAUCACUGCCUCCGGUGUAGAUUACAUAUCAGAAUUAUUCAAUAGCAGCAUUCCUGAUCAACAUUCCAGUAAUAAUGUAAUCCGACAAACGUUCCCAGUAGAUAUAUAGCAUUCGGGAAGAGGUACUAUAGGCUCGGGAGUUCUCCAGUCCACAGAUCUUCACGUGUUCGGUCAUAUUACUGAUAUAUUUAAUUCCUGGAUGGACGACUGACCGGGUAGUCUUGAUCAGAUCAUCAGACACUCCUUAUCGACAUAUUCCAAAGAAUUCCAAAUCCUGUACAACAGUGCGCCAAAAUCGAUAAUCAAUACACCAUGUAGUAAUUAAAAACAAUGGUUAUGACCAUGUCAAUACAUAUAGCAGUAAUUAUAAUUCCCAAAGGUAGAAAUCGUCAUUACAUGUUAUAGUUCACAUUCGGGACCUGGAACAAUGUCGAUAUAUAGGACAACCUACAGCAGUAAUUCCCGUACGUGGCAAUCGUAUUUACAUGAUAUAGUUCAUAUCUUAGACCUAGAACCAUGAUUGCUGGAGUGAAUAAGGAAUACUGUAGUAUAUGUAGUUUGUUAUUGUCUAAUCUUCACCAAUAGGAUUAGUAAGUAUAUCUUCUCUGCUUGUAUUACUGGUCGUUUGUAGGAGUUGGGUGGAGUUAUAUAGAUGUCUUUGCAUAAUAUUGUACAGUCAGACCUUUAUAUUUGGAUCAGCAGAGGCCCGGUCAUGAAUAUAUGCAAGAUCAGCUACUUUGCCAUGUAAUUGGGUCUGACCAAGUAUAGGCUUUUAGUGUUAGGACAACUGUAGUUUUAAUGUUUUUAGUACUGUAGAUGUAGUUGUGGAAAUUGUCUCGCGCGCGUUUCCUGUAAAACUUUGUAUAUUAUUUACUUUGUAAUCAGAUAUUUUUUAUUAAUAAAACCCGAUAUUUCUUCA